AUGGCCCAUAGUAGUCUCUCCCGGUCUCUAGUUCUCCAUAUGAUCAUCAUACUAUACACAGUCACCUCUUCAAGUUUAUCAGAUUCUGAAAUCCUUGUCCAGUUCAAGGAUUCCCUCGUAAAAGCCGAUGCAUUGUCUGAUUGGAGUCCCUCAACAUCACCCUGCAAUGGUGAUAAAGAAAACUGGAAGGGCGUUCUUUGCGACAACGGGAAAGUUUGGGGCCUAAAACUCGAAAAUAUGGGACUAAAGGGUGUCAUUGAUGUGGAAACCCUCAAAGAAUUGUCUACUCUCAGAACUAUAAGCUUCAUGAAGAACAAUUUUGAUGGUUCCUUGCCAAAUUUAAAGAAACUUGGUGCACUUAAAUCUAUAUACUUAUCGGAUAACAAUUUUUCGGGGGAAAUCCCAGGGAAUGCUUUUGACGGGAUGGUGUCAUUGAAGAAACUACAUUUGGAACGAAACCGAUUUACGGGUCAAAUUCCAGAAUCUUUAGGUAUGUUGCCAAAGCUAACAGAGUUGAUGCUUGAAGAUAAUGAAUUCAGAGGCGAGAUACCGGAAUUUCGACAGGACAGGCUGAAAAUGGUGAAUAUGUCUAACAAUGAUUUAGAGGGUCCAAUUCUUGGAAGCCUCAGUAAGUUGAAUGUGAGCUCAUUUUCAGGAAACAAAGAUCUGUGUGGGCAUCCUCUGGAAUCAUGUGCUGCUUCCCGGAAACUCUCUGUUGGGACAAUCCUCGUCGUCGUGGUAGUUGUGGUGGUGGCGCUAGCGGCAAUUGUAGCAGUUUUCAUCAUCCUCCGUCGACAGGGCCAAAGACCUCAACCGGAAGAGACUUCAUUGCCAUCCCAAGCCCACAAGAAAGCAGCUUCCGCUGAUUUGGACAAAAUGGAGCAAGGCGGCUUGCCCGAUGGUAAAAGGUCCGAGCAGGGUGGGAAAUUGUCAUUUCUGAGGGAUGAGAGAGACAAAUUUGAGUUGGCAGACUUGCUUAGAGCCUCAGCUGAGAUAUUGGGAAGUGGGGUGUUUGGCUCUACUUACAAGGCUGCUGUGAUGAUGGGGUCAGUGAUGGUUGUGAAGAGGCAUAGAAAAAUGAAUAAUGUGGGGAAAGAAGAGUUUCAAGAACAUAUGAGAAGGUUAGGUAGGUUGAGUCACCCCAACUUGCUUCCUCUUGUGGCUUACUACUAUAGGAAAGAAGAGAAGCUCUUGGUUUCUGACUAUGUUGACAAUGUCAGCGUGGCUGUUCAUCUCCAUGGCAACCAUUCCAGUGGCCAACCAAGCCUUGAUUGGCCAACUCGUUUGAAGAUUAUCAAAGGAGUCGCAAGAGGCCUUUCGUACCUCUACAAUGAGCUCCCAAGCCUAAUUGUACCCCAUGGACACCUCAAAGCCUCAAAUGUUCUCCUUGACGAAUCCUUCAACCCCAUCCUCACCGAUUACGGCUUAAUCCCUGUCGUGAACCACGAACAUGCCCAAGACCUUAUGAUUGCAUAUAAGUCACCAGAGUACAAGCAACAUGGCCGGAUAACGAAGAAAACAGAUGUUUGGAGCCUCGGGAUUUUGAUAUUGGAAAUUCUAACUGGUAAAUUUCCUUCAAAUUAUUUCCGACCAGCUGGAAAAGGAGAUGACACAGAUUUAGGGAGUUGGGUAAUCUCCAUUUUCCAGGGAGAAACGACGAGCGAGGUGUUUGAUAAAGAGAUGGGAGGAGUGAAGAACAGUGAAGGAGAGAUGGUGAAGCUAUUGAAGAUAGGGCUAAGUUGUUGUGAAAGUGAGAUGGAGAAACGGUUGGAUAUAAAAGAGGCUGUGGAGAGGAUUGAAGAGGUGAGAGAGAGAGAUGGUGACGAAGAAUUCUAUUCUUCAUACACUAGUGAAGGGGACAUGCGCUCUUCAAGAGGAUUGUCUGAUGAUUUUUCUCUCUCAAUGAAUGGUUGA